CCUGACGUCAACGGUUCCGUCCCAACACGGAAAUACGGAAUAUUUAUGGAAUAGUGACAGGAAUGGUCGGUAGUAAUGGAUUUAAAGCGGCACGACUGGCUUCAACCUCACAUUGUUUUGUAAAAGUUUUCGUUAUGUUAACUUUCUGACGUUAACUUUGUGAUAAAUGGACGCCCGUGCUGGAAAUGGACAGAGAGUUCGACCUCUGUUGUUAGUUCAAUAGCUUUAGUCCUGCGUUUGUUCACAGCCAUGAAAGAAAGUGUUUUGGGGGUCAUGGGGGCUCUGGGACACCUGCUACUGUCCCUGCUGCUGCUGUCCUGGGAAGGCAAACUAUGUCAGGUUGGAGGGGUCAGAUCAGUCACACUCCCAGAAUCCCUCUUGUUUGUCUCAACGCUGGACGGUAGCCUGCACGCUGUCUCUAAACAGUCUGGAGACAUCAAAUGGACCCUAAGAGAAGACCCAAUUAUUCAAGUGCCAGUCUACCUGACAGAGCCAGGUUUCCUCCCAGAUCCCAACGAUGGCAGUUUAUAUGUACUGGGUGGAAAGCACAAAGAAGGCCUGAUGAAACUUCCUUUCACCAUCCCAGAGCUGGUUCAAUCAGCUCCGUGCAGGAGCUCUGACGGUAUACUUUACACAGGUAAAAAGCAGGAUGUGUGGUUUGUGGUGGAUCCUGAAACAGGUGAGAAACAAACCAGUUUAACCACCUCCUCCUCUGAAUCCAUCUGCCCCAACAGUCCUCUGCUGUACAUAGGACGCACAGAAUACAUGGUUACAAUGUUUGACACAAAGACACAAGAGCUACGAUGGAAUGCAACGUAUAAUGACUACUCUGCUCCACCCUACGAUGAAAAGCAAGACUACAAGAUGGCUCAUCUUGUGUCCAGUGGUGAUGGUCUUGUUGUGACAGUUGACAGAGAGACAGGUGACGUCCUGUGGAGUCAAAACUAUGGGUCGCCAGUUGUGGGGGUUUACCUCUAUUCUGGUGACACAUUAAGACACGCCCCCCACCUGUCACUCGCCAGGGAAACGCUUCGCUUCCUCACCUUUUCUUCUGCUAAUGACCAGGCGGACGCAUACUCAAGUCUGAAGUGGAGCUAUCAGUUUGUUAAGGAGCAAGCCAGCGCACAAACACAACUUGUACCUACCCUUUAUGUGGGAAAGUUGGACUCCCACCUCUACGCUUCUACUUCUCUUGUACACCAAGGAGUCUCAUUAGUGCCUCGGGGGUUAACUCUAGCACGAAUUGAGGGUCCGUUAACGGACGGGGUGACGGUCAGAGAGAGAGGGGAGUGUGAGAUCACACCGUCCACUGAUGUGCGUUAUCCACCGGGCAGCACAAACAGCCGCAAGAACCAGUGGCUGCUAAUAGGUCAUCAUGAGCUCCCUCCUGUUGCCCACACAACCAUGUUGCGGGAUUUCCCAGUCAGCCUGCAGCGUUCUGGUGAGGCCGUCAUCCCUCCGCGAACCCCUGCCUCCCCAGUGACCCCUGCCUCCUACUACCAUCAGCGCUAUUUCCAGACAGCAGCUGGCAGCCAUGGCCACGCUCCUGUUAAUACAGGGGGUGUUGAUGGGAAAACGUCUGGACAGGCUCCGAGGUUGGCCACCAUCCUGCCUGUUUACAUGAGCCAGGACGAUAUGACCGUGGCUGUUCUGACCCUGCUGUUGGGAGGAUGGGUGGCCCUCGCACUCAUUUACUCCUUGCGUGCAUCUCAGCAGCUCAAAGCUCAGAGACAGCUGGAGAAGGCUUUUGAGUCUCGUCUCCAGCGCAUACAGACCAACAUGCAGACAGUUACCAUGGCUUCAUCAGACACAGUCCUCUCUACUGACACAAACCUCUCCAGCGACUCUCAGCCUGCUUCUCCUGAGAUGCCUCCCAACCCUCAUAGUCACAGCAGUAGCAAAUCAGACAUUGUUAAAAACAGCACGACUGAACAUAAACCCUCAGCAGAAGGAGACAGUGAGGAGGUUCUAGUUGGGAAAAUCUCCUUUACUCCUUCUGAGGUCCUCGGACAUGGCACAGCAGGAACCUUUGUCUUCAGGGGUAGAUUUGAUGGACGUCAUGUGGCGGUGAAACGAAUCCUGCCGGAGUGUUUUGAGGUUGCAGAGCGAGAGGUUCAGCUCCUUAGAGAGUCUGACACACAUCCAAACGUCAUUCGAUACUUCUGCACUGAGAGAGACCGCCUCUUCACGUAUAUCGCAAUUGAGCUCUGUCCUGCAACUCUGCAGCAGUAUGUGGAGGAUCCAUCUUGUUUUCCUGAACUGAAUCCUAUAUCUCUGCUGGAACAAACCAUGUGUGGCCUCUCACACCUUCACUCACUCAACAUAGUCCAUAGAGACCUGAAGCCUAGAAACAUCCUGCUCUCUGGUCCCAGUGUGCUGGGUCGUGUCAGAGCUCUCAUUUCUGACUUUGGGCUCUGUAAGAAGAUUCCAGAUGGUCGCAGCAGCUUCUCGUUGCGGUCUGGGAUACCGGGAACUGAGGGCUGGAUAGCUCCUGAAGUUCUGCAUGAGACACCUGGAAACAAACCGACAGCAGCGGUGGACGUGUUCUCAGCUGGUUGUAUCUUUUACUACGUGGUCAGCAGGGGUCAGCAUCCUUUUGGAGAUGCACUGAGACGACAGGUCAACAUCCUGUCAGGAGAAUAUUCACUCUCACAUUUUAUGGAGGACAUACACGAUGACGUCAUAGCACAGGAUCUGAUCGAGCAGAUGAUCAGCGCUGAGGCCGAGUCUCGUCCCCCCACUGCCUGUGUCCUCAAACAUCCCUUCUUCUGGAGUCCAGAGAAGCAGCUUGUCUUUUUCCAGGAUGUGAGUGACCGCAUAGAGAAGGAACCAGCAGACAGUCCGAUUGUGGUCAGACUGGAGUCCGCAGGCAGAGCUGUGGUUCGAACCAACUGGAGGAUGCAUAUUUCUGUGCCUCUACAAACAGACCUGAGGCGGUUCAGGACUUACAAAGGAAACUCAGUUAGAGACCUGCUGAGAGCCAUGAGGAACAAGAAACAUCAUUACCACGAGUUGCCACCAGAAGUGCAGGAGACUCUGGGAGAGCUGCCUGAAGGCUUUGUCAGCUACUUCACCUCACGGUUUCCACGGCUACUGAUGCACACGCAUGCUGCUCUGCACAUCUGUGCUCAUGAAAGACUGUUUCACCCCUACUAUCUGCCCCCUAGUGCCAAAUAGCAUUUCUGUGGUUUUCUGUGGCUUUGCACUCCAAAGUGAACGCACAGCAAACUUCUGUAAAAGGGAGGGAACCCCUGACAGUGCCCCAUUACUGCUUUUGUAAAGCCUGCUGUUUCUUGGAAAAGAUCCAGUGCUGUGGAGAAGUUUGUUUAUUCCUUUUGUUCUUAUACGCUAUACAUUAUAUUCUGUUUAUUUAUUUAAAAAGAUUAAUCUACACUUGUAGACUGAGAAAACCAAGAUAGUCAACAAAACUGAAAACUUUUCUUCUUGUUUGGAAAAUAAAACCCCACAAAAUACUAAUACUAUGAAAAUAACCUCAUGUUGCCAAAUUUCUAAUGAUCAUCACUAUCAACCAACGUGACACUAAUAAUAUAUCUGUGUAAGUUCACAUUUGUCCAGGACAUUGUUCAUCGUAAAUCUAAGGAUGGCACUAAUAAUGAUAAUAAUAAUAAUAAUAAUAAUAAUAAUAAUGAUAAUGAUAAUAAUAAUAAUAAUAAUAAUAAUAAUAAUAAUAAUAAUAAUAAUAAUAAUAUUGAAAGGCGGAUCGGAGCAGCAUUGGCAGUAAUGCAAACGCUGUCAAAAGGCAAAGCUCUCGUUUUACCGGUCCAUCUAUUUUUCUAACCUGACCUAUUGUCAUGAGCUGUGGGUAGAGACUGAAAGGACAAGAUCGUGGAUACAAGCGGUGAAAUGACUUUUCUCCGCAGGGUGGCCAGGUUCACCCUUAGAGAUAAGGUGAGGAGUUCAGCCAUCCAGGAGAGAUUCAGAGUAGAGAAGCCAGUGGAGGUGGUUUGGACAUUGGGUCAGGAUGCCUCCUGGAUGCCUCCCUGGUGAGGUGUUCCGGGCAUGCCCAACCAGGAGGAGACCCUGGGGUAGACCCAGGACAAGCUGGAGGGGUUAUAGCUCUCGGCUGGUCUGGGAACACCUUGGAAUGCCCCGGGGGAGUUAGAGGAGGUGACCAGGAUGAGGGAAGUCUGGGCUUCAGAGCUCAAGCUGAAUACAAUUACAGAUUUUUCUGAUUUUGAACAUUGUUAGAAACAUUUGAUGUAAUUUUAGUGCACAAAAUGACAAAAGAUAUAAAGCCAGCGAAGUUGUUUUUAGAUAUUUUAAUGCUGAAAUGUUACAUAUCAUACCUUUAAUCACACAAACUGGAUGUAAGGGUACACAAACUUUGUCACAGCACUGUGGGUUGAACAGACACAGAAGAAGAUUCAGAGAAGUUCAGCAGAUGUUACUGUCAGAGGU